AUGGUGCAUGCAGACAAAUCGGGAGGCCCUCCUAUGGCUUCAGCUCCAAUGACAGACUUCAGAAACACAAUGACUAACUGUGGUUUUAUCGAUUUGGGGUUUGUAGGUAGCAAAUACACUUGGAGUAAUAAGUUCACAAAGGAGCGGUUAGAUCGCGGCUUCCAAAAUACUCAAUGGCUAAGUUGGUUCCCCUACAGUAGGGUUAUUACCAUGGAUCCCUCAAAAUCUGAUCACUGUCCUCUUCUUAUCGAGGUUAACCCUGGAAAGUUUCGACGUAGAAGAAUUGCCAAACUCUUUCGUUUUGAGGAGUUGUGGCAUGAAAAUUCUGAAUGCAGAAGUAUUAUUCAAAAGAAAUGGGCACAACCGAUUACUGGCAAUGCUUUGCAACAACUUGAUACUAGAAUCAAGGGUACUGGUCAGGAACUAAUGAAUUGGCACAUCAAGGAAUUUGAUAAACAGAAGGUGGAGUUGCGAGUGAUUCAAGAAAAACUCACAGACAUCAUGAAAGCCCCAUACUCACCUGAACAAUAUGAGGAGCAACGAAAUUUACGUGUCAGACAAAAUCAACAAUUGACUCAACAAGAGAAAUACUGGAGACAACGUUCUCGUGCUAUUUGGCUCAAAGAAGGUGAUCGCAAUUCAGCUUAUUUCCAUCGACAGGCUAGCAAUAGAAGAAGCACGAAUACAAUAAAAGGACUCACUACUGAGUCUGGUCAAUGGACCUCUGAACCUACCACUACACCAAAAAUCGCAUCAGACAACGGCAGAAAACCGAUGUGGGAUUUGGAGUCCCACCGUUGUAGACUCGGCAGAUGGCUCGGCAAAUGCGAAGUGCAGCUGCGCAGCAGUUGA